AUGGAAGAGAAGCUGGACAAGAAAAUCCCUGUAAAGUAAGCUAUCUUUUGGUGACAUAUCGGAGAAGAAUUUUCGCCGUGAACAGUGCUCGCAUUCACAGAUUUGAGAAACUGCAUUUAGCACAAGUCCAAGGUUAGGUUUCAAGUCGAAAAACUAUAUCUUCUAUGUAAACUUAUCGGUGAACGCUUUACUCAGUUCAUGAGAGGGCAAUUGCAUUUAAAACCUGAAGGCUGAUUUCAAAUCUUACACUGUAAAAUCAAACCUUCAUAAGUAUCGUGUGGUUCGAAUUGAGCUCCGUUUCACUCCACAAGCACUUGACUUUCUUCAAGUGUUUUGAGCUGUUGUGUUCAUUUUAACAGGAUUCGCAAAGUAUUACGACCAGGAAUGGAUGAAAAUUAUUGGGAUUGCAGCGUUUGCACGUACAGAAAUGGGGCCGAAGCUUUUAAAUGCGCCAUGUGUGAUGUAAGAAAAGGAACUUCUACCAGGUACGGCAGAUAGCGUGGCACUUUAUUUGUUUGCAUUUGCGCUUUGUAUAUUUUAAGACGUCUUGAAAAAAUACAAAAAGAAUGUUUUUCAGAGUCUUGCAUUUCAGUUCAUUGUAACUCUAGUGUAAAAUUAUCACCACAGACUAUGAUUUUAUAUCUGAAACUUUUAUAGAUGUUAAUUGGCAAAGUAGCAAUUUGAGCUGGAUUCCCAAGACAAUUUCUUUAGCCAUGUGGAUUUACCAACGCGCCGCUCUGCACGACCUAUCAUCAGAUAAAAUUCGAAACACAUGCUUGUAAUUGUUUCCUAAGAUGUUUGUGGUUAAAAUCAAAGGCGUCUGUGGCCAGUUGUUACUGUCAAAGAUAUUUUCAUUUCCCCAAUCGUUUUUUUUGUGACUACAGCUGAAAUGUACAGUGUACAAUUCUCUCAUUACCACCCCCCUGGGAAUCUAUCAGACUGUCUGGAAUCCCAGACAUACCUAUAUUUCAUUGAAAAAUUAGAAAAACAUUAUUACUUGCAUAGACAUAAAACAAUCACAUAAAAACAGGAAGCUCUCAAUACUUUUUGUAAGCAAAAAUAAUGAAAACUCACUUGUGUUCAGAAAAAUAUUAUUUUUUUGACAGUAUCUCAAAUUACAUUUCAAUGAGUUGAAAAAUUUGAAAAAUGUUAUCAGGAUUUCCUCUCAUUGUUUCACUCUUGAAACCCUCACAGUGACCAGCAUCUGAUCUCUUUUCUCCUAACAAUAUCACUGCUUAAUCAUAAAUAAAUGUUGUAAGAAUAAAAUAAAUAAUCACUUAAUAUUAAAAACAAUUUCUCCUCAUUAGUGCUAGUCAUCUCAGACCCCUGGGAUCUGGGGGGGUUGUCCACCACACCUUCUUUCUCUGAAACUGUUUUAUUUUGAAAGAAUUUUCAGUAAAAUCCAGCUUCUAGAGCCUUAAUCUUUGGCCACAGAUGCUUAUAAAGUUCUUAGUCACUAAAUAUGUGGGUAAGAUUUAACCCCCCCCCCCCGGGGGGAACUUCUAUGUAAAAGUGCCGGGUAUGCUCCUAGUCUUUCUUUGGGGUGUAAAUUGCAGAUUUUGGUCUCACAAGGGUGUUUGGGAUGGAAAGUCACUAUAUUUGCCCAUUCAGGUAUCGCUUAGUACUGUGCAUAAAGAAAUUCACAAAAAAUGCCCUGUCACUGACCACACAGAAUCUCCCUCAGAGGUCAGUUUAAGCUUGAGCCACACCUACAUUGGUCUCCCGUAGGGUUUAAUUUGAAUUUUCCGACGGGCAUCCCUGUCACUUUUAUGUGGUAGUCCCCCUCCCUGGGGGUUUAACACUUUCACUGCCAGGUUGACUCAUGGAGUGUUGUAAGGUGGUACUUACUUUUGUGUCUUUAGAUGAAAUCCUAUGGUGUGACUAUUCAGCUGAAGCAACUCAAGCUUUAUUUGUUUACAUUCACAAUAAAUAAAUUACAAAUACAGACUACCUGCAAAAUAGUGGAACUAAUUGAGGCAGGUGGUAUGGAGACAUGUCUAUUACCCAUGCCCGGAGGGGGGGGGGUACUUUAGGAAUUUCUGGGUGGGUAUGUGCCACUGGGACCCUGGAACCCUUAACCUAUACCAGAGCUAGUUCAGCUGAAUUUUGGUACCCUAUACUAGAGUAAAUUCCCCAAAUCCCUGCUAUCCUAGAGUAGCCGUUUCCCUAGUCUAGAUAAAAUCUUCAACCAACUGAUCAGUUUCCUGAUCAUAUGGCAGUACCCCCCCCCCACCGGGCCCAUACCUCUUUGGCAUUGCUUUGACGUGGUACUGCUAACUUGUUUUACAACAUUAUACAAUGUUGAAUUUAGACUUUGGCCACUUUUGAGGGUGAAGGUGUUAAUGUCUUCCAAUUUGCAGGAAACCAAAACUUAAUUCUCAGUUAGUGGCUCAGCAAGUCGCACAGCAGUUUGUUACAUCACCACCGCCACUAAAAAAAGUCAUGACAAAGAAACCAUUUAAAAAGUCCAGGUAAGAACAUCAUAGCCUAUGUCACAGACAUUAUCUAACUUUGGUUAGUAACAUCUGCAAAGCAGUGCUGAAAUCUUUGUUCUUGAAAUAAAUUAUGACAAUUUGUUCUUCGCAAUGUGUUGAAUAUUGUUCCCCCAGUCUAGACUAGGGGCCUAAAACCAAUGCCCCCCAUUUUUUCGUAAGAUUGUUGAAAUUCAGUGCUUUGCGUUAUAGCCUUCCCCGCAGACGUUCCCGUACGUGUGACAAACCCCUAAGAACAUGUGUGGGGGGAUGUUUGCAUUAUGGGCAGUCAUCUUGGAUGGUUGCCAAAACUACUUUUUGACACCCAUCCAAGAUGGCUGCCUAAUGCAACCCCCCCCCCCCCCACCGCCCCCUGUUUGGCAUUGCAUACUCUUACACAUACCUUUACUUAUGACAGUUUUUGACUUGACCAGAGUCCCCCCACAGGAUAAAACAAUAUUUUUAUUUUUAUAGUUUUUGGCUUGUGAAGGGCAUUAAAUAAAUUAUUGGGAUGAUAGAGAAACCAAGGAUUUGAAAAAUCUGUAAAUGGUGUUCUAAUUUUCUUAAGAAAUAUACUGCCAUUAUGGCGAUGAAAAUCAUUUUUCAUUAAUUUAGUUCUUACCUUUCCUUGCAGGCCAAAACUAAAAAAUGUUGACAGAAGCAGUGCACAGCAUAUGGCCGUCACCGUAGGAAAUAUAACAGUCAUUAUAACAGAUUAUAAACUUUUAAAACCAGAGAAUUCACCAUCAAUGACCCCGGAAAGGAAUUCACCUGCACCCACAUCCGAAGACAAUGCUGAUCCUGGUCCAUCACUUGGCACAGAACAUAGUAAUGGUGUUAGUAAUCAGGAAGGUAGUUCAUGA